AUGGAUGAGGUAAAAGAAGAAUUUUUAGUGACUAAGACGAUACAAGAGGUUGAAGUUGAGCGUGAAAUGGACAUAAACUUUGUCGGUGUUUACAUUACUUCGGAUGAUAAACUUCCGAUUGAGUAUUAUCAAAAAGCGAUGAACUUUCAUCGUAAGGGUGAUCGAACAAUCUUCAUAUUUAUCUGUGACAUUGAAACUUUCAUUUUUUGUGAAGAAAGUUUCGAUGGAAAACAUGCUGUUGGUGAUGCUAGAAUCUUAAGAACAUCAGUAAAGACGUUUGACUUUGCUCUUAUGACAAGUUGCAAUUCAACAAUUGUUUCAAACGAUGUUGGAGUACUUCAUGCACUUUUAAACAACGGUGUUACAACCGUCUACAAACCAAAACUCACUGAAGAACCUGAUUAUUAUGUUCCAUGGAUGAUAAGUGAACAUAUGGCGAAUUGGUAUGCAAUUGACUGA